UAUUUGACAGCAGUAUUUCUCUGGGAUUGUUUUUUCUGACAUUUUUACACGACCUAAAAAUAAAUUUGAAAAUUGGAAGGAUGGAAUAUUAUAUUUGGAGAGAACGAAACCUAAAAAAUACGKAACUCACAAAUAAUUGUCCGUGUCACAUGAUCAAACCUGACUAAUCAGAGCGAGCCAAGUCCAACGGAAAAGUACGUUCAUUGUUUGGAUGUUUUGWCAAUUUUACCUUUUAAAUCUGAUAAAAAAUACGAUCGAAACGCCGCGGGAUAUGGAUGUAGCCUUGAAGCUCUGGUGGAACAGACGGAGUGUGGAUACGUUUUAUCGUGGUUUUGAUGAAAUGCCACGUGUUCAGGUUUGAUGAAGUGUGCAGAUCCGAAUCGUUUCAUCACAUGACUCCCCUCCCCCACCCAGCCCGGGGAACAGGGGAAGAAGGCGGACAUGUUUGAGGGGAAAUGUUGCUGGUUAAAAAGUAUCCAAGUGGAAGACAAAGAAGAUUAUUGGAAGAAAGGUUUCGCUCUUUUUUGGGGAUUUAUCAGUCCACAUCCGUUUUUGCUUUUAUCCAGAGACUUUAAAUAGACUUUUUGAUUUUUUUUUCGUAUAUAUAACUUGUCACUUCAGGGAGUACUUAGUUUUAUUUGUAACCCUGACAAAGUAACAAUACUAAUGUGUAUUACUGCAUGAACUGUAAGGAAUCUUUCUGUCGGUUAUUUGAGUGACAUUGUAGGGACUCUGUAACCUUGGUAUGGGGGAUGGGCGCGAAUGGUUAGGUAACGUCCUGUGUGCCUUGAAUUAGUUUUUAUUUAAUGAAUCUAGGAAGAUAAAUAUUUAUUUUUUCAGUGGUAAUAACCUGGUUUUGUUAGGAGUUCAAAGUUAUUUUCCCGUCCUGCUUUUUCCAGUCUUAGCAUGGCUGGGCACAGUAAACCUGUAUUUAGAUUUUAGUUUUUUUAUUACUACCGACACAUUAACACGUAUUUAAUUGAUGCAAUGUAUUAGUUUCGAUUAGUUGUUUUUGGUUUGGAUGGACUGGGCUCAGUUUGAAAAAUUGCUGUGUCAUUCUGUGGGUUGUUGCUGCUAUGACCUUGUCAGGGUAGUAUUUUAUUUCAAUUUGAUAAUUUGAGUUGUUUUACCCGAGGGAUAUAUGAUAACUAGCUGAAUCUGAAUUUAAGAGCUAAUUUGUCUUUAGUACUUAACUACUUCUAAUGUAUGUAAGCCACAUGGAGGCCUUGUUUGAUGGCAUUUUUCAGUAAGCUCGUCUGGUGCGUUUGCUUUUACUGAAGACAAACUAAUCUCGUGUUUAUAACACUGUGGGGAAGUUUUAUGUAUUCUUUUUCAUAGUAAAGCGUCUAUCUAGUUGGGAUCAUUAUAACAUACUUUGUAUUUCACUGCUCAAAGAUGGCGCCCGCCUACAUGUUCUAGAACAAACUGAUGAUUUCACGAGGGAGAGGCACUCUUCGGGCGGUACUCGUGACUGAUUCGGUGAGCCAAUAGGAGUGUUGGUCUUCAGACUAUAAGCCCGCGUUACGACCGUUUUGACCAAUCCCCGUCGUCGUUGUGAACACGUUGACGUAAUAUAAUAUGUUAAAGAACAGGGAGGCCCUGUUGCUCUCGUUUUCCGUGAGAGAUUGCGUUCGUGAGCCAGUCACAGACGACGUAUCGGUAGGACAGGGCGGACUGGACCAAUGGUGCUGGGUAAUAUCCUUGAAGGACAGGGGAAACAUGCGAAUAGGUUGGUCCUAAACGUUGCUUGCGGAUCUCCGACAACCGGUGGGUGUGGUAAUUUUGACAGACAUCGUGAGUAGCGAAUAAGGAGUCGGUGGGCGGAGAAACACAGAGGUGGUUUAUCCAAUGAGGUGAAUGGUUGGUCUAUAAAGGCCCGGGUGUAGUCCAUCUCGUCGCCAUUUCAACGAAGCGGUUCGGAGGGAUUUCGUCGUGGCGGGCAGCGAAGAAAACUGACGAGCCGAGACGGAUCCUGCUUUUGAGUGUUUCCCAAAACAGAAUCCGGAUCCAUCCUGAUGGAUAUGGCUGUUAACCCGCCCCUUGACAGAGUUCACCGGCUCUUGCUUCCUCUUUACAGCACUCAUUCUGGGGUUGACCCUGGUUUUACUGGAGUGACAAUGGAUCAGAGYACUGGUACAGCUGGAAAACGCAUCCGGAAGCCCUCACAGCUCUACGAAGGCUUUGAGAGUCCUGGGAUGCCCCCCAUCAGUCAGCUGACCCCUUUGGGACCCCCCCAGCCCACAGUGAAAGACCCCAGCAGGCAGGGCAGGAUGACCAACCAACUCCAGUUUCUGCAGAAAGCCGUCCUCAAGUCCCUGUGGAGGCAUCACUUCGCCUGGCCGUUUCAUGAACCAGUGGAUGCACUCAAGCUCGGCCUGCCUGAUUAUCAUAAGAUCAUAAAGAAUCCGAUGGACAUGGGCAGCAUCAAGAAGAGAUUAGAGAACAAUUUCUACCGCAGUGCCAGUGAGUGCAUGCAGGACUUCAACACCAUGUUUACAAACUGCUACAUUUACAACAAGCCAACAGAUGACAUUGUGCUGAUGGCCCAGUCUCUGGAGAAAGCCUUCCUGCAGAAAGUGGCCCAGAUGCCCCAAGAGGAGAUAGAACUGUCCUCUCCACCUCCACGCAGCAAAUCUGCAAAAUCAUCCAAAAAAGCCAGAAACAAUCCAGUUCCAGGCGGAGUGACGACAGCCCAUCAAGUUCCAGCCGUCUCCCAGUCUGCGUAUUCUCCUCCCACUCCAGAAACRCCUGACUCCAUCCUGUCCACCCCCCCACAGACUAUCUUAUCCAAGAGCAUUAGCUUCCCCUCUGAGCACAGCAUCCCCUCCAUCACCAGCAUGCCCCCCACACAGCCCACUGCAAAGAAAAAAGGUGUGAAGAGGAAAGCGGACACGACCACUCCGACCACGAUGGCCAUGCCCAUCAUGAGCACCAUGGGCGUCAGCGGGAUCGGCCUGGGGAUGGGCGGCGGCCUGGACUCGCCGCUGACCCUCACCUCUYUGGGCAUGGAGCACGGCGGCGGCCUGGGYAUGACCCCAGGCCUGGGWCUGGGYCAGGGCAUGGUGAUGAGCAUGGACAUGGCUCACGGGGGGAUGAUGAUGGGGAACAAAGGAACAGCGGCGAGCAGGAGAGGCGUGAGCGGCCGGCCCAUCAAGCCUCCCAAGAAGGACUUACCGGACUCCAUCCUGCCGACGCCGGUGCGCCGCAGCAAGCUGACGCCGCAGCUGCGCUACUGCAGCAACGUCCUGAAGGAGCUGCUGUCCAAGAAGCACGCCGCGUACGCCUGGCCGUUCUACAAGCCCGUCGACGCCAUGUCACUGGGUCUCCAUGACUACCACGACAUCAUCAAGCAGCCCAUGGACCUGAGCACCAUCAAGAGGAAGAUGGACAGCAGGGAGUACAGAGACGCCCAGCUGUUCUCCGCCGACGUGCGACUCAUGUUCUCCAACUGCUACAAGUACAACCCGCCAGACCACGACGUGGUCGCCAUGGCCAGAAAACUGCAGGACGUGUUUGAGUUCUGCUUCGCUAAGAUGCCCGACGAGGCUCCAGCUCCUCCCACAUCCUCGUCUUCCUCCACCUCCUCCUCGUCUUCCUCGUCUGAGAGCGAGUUCAGCAGCGACAGCGAGGAGAGCGACAGCAGCCUGAGCUCCGACUCCGAGGAGGAACGGGCCAACCGGCUGGCCGAGCUGCAGGAGCAGCUGAAGGCUGUACAUGAGCAGCUCACCGCUCUGUCUCAAGGUCCCAUCGUCAAACCCAAGAAGAAGAAGGAAAAGAAGGACAAGAAAAAGAAGAAGAAAGUAGAGAAACAUCGGAGGGUGGAAGAGGAGAUGGUCUCUGUGAAACCGCCCAAAACCCCCAAGAUGUCCAAGUCUUCAAAGACGACAAAGAGCAACAAAGGCAUCAGCUGUCCUGUCAUACCAGCGAAGAAGACUCAGARCAAGAAAAACAACAAGAGCAAAUCCAAAAAGACCAACAUGAUGUUCAGCGUGUCCCAGCCGAUGCACGACCCUCUGGUCAGCCAUUUUGACUCUGAUGAGGAGGAGGACACGGUUCCCAUGUCGUACGACGAGAAGCGCCAGCUGAGCCUGGACAUCAACAAGCUGCCGGGCGAGAAGCUGGGCCGCGUCGUUUACAUCAUCCAGUCCAGAGAGCCGUCGCUGAGGGACACCAACCCCGAGGAGAUCGAGAUCGACUUCGAGACGCUGAAGCCGUCGACGCUCAGGGAGCUGGAGCGAUACGUCAUGACGUGUCUGAGGAAGAAACCUCGCAAGCCGUACGCGAGUAAAAAGAACAGCGCUGGAAAGACGCGGGAGGAGCUGGCGAUGGAGAAGCAGAUGGAGCUGGAGAGACGACUGAUGGACGUCAGCGGUCAGCUCAACUCCGGGAAGAAACCGUCUAARACCAAAAAUGAUAAACCUGCGUCAGACGUUCACGCUCAGCCGUCUCGCCUCAGCGCCAGCAGCUCCUCCUCAGACUCCUCUUCAUCCUCCUCCUCUUCCUCAUCCUCUGACACAAGCGAGUCGGAUUCCGGUUGAAUCCGAGUCGCUCRGACUGUUUCCAAACCAAAAGGGUCCGGUGACGGCGCCCUGGUGUGCUCCUCCCCUCCGAGCGGCCUGACGGAGGACGGGUCGAGGCCGGCCCACCGGGUCCGGACAGAGACGGGCUGUCCCUGCGCUCGGCUCCGUCCGGCAGCCCUGAACAUUUCCCGGCAGAUGAAUGUGAGCGGAGGAGAGCGACUGGAGCGUCUGCUGGCUCCRGGCGGAGCGGCAGGACGCUCCAUCUCCUGCUGAUGAAGAUUGAUGCAUACGUUGGAGGGAUUAGGGUGCUACAGCCAGAAUACCUGCAUUUUCUGGAUUUUUUUUCCCUUCUUGCCAUGCUCCAUGUCUUUAUGCUGUAUAGAGAACAUGUACAGAUGUAUAAAUAUCUAUUUUCUUUUAUAAAGAAGCCUUUUAUGGAGCUUAUUUAUUCCCUCUUUCUGGGAAAAGAUUAAACUGGCGUGAACAGAGCUGUGUGUUUAGAUUUGUUUGUUUUUUUUUUGAGCGAUAAGAGGGGAGUUGAGUUAUUGUAUGAAUGUAUGAUGUGUGUGUGUUUGCAUGUGUGUGUUUGUGAGAUCUGGCACCACAAGUGCAUCCUGGUGAAGUUCCUCAUAGUUUAGAAGCAGACGCAGAAGCACCUUGGYUCAGUAGGAAACAUCCUGCAUGCAACAGAGGAGCUGACGGCCUCRCUGCGCCUCCGUCAGCCGGUCGCUGUACAGAAACAAAACAUGUCAUAGUUUCAAUAUUUCUGUUCCCAUGCCGACCGUUUGUUUUCUCCAUGUAUUACAAGUUCUCUGUAAACAUGUUGGUUUUCUAUUCUUCGUGACCAAUCUGCUAAUAAAUUGUGAGGACGUGUCUUGUCGACUCGCCUGUGCCCAAAUAACUUCUGGAUCCUUUUCAUUUCUUCAUUUUAGUUACAGAUUUAAUCUGAGCUCUUACAGGUUUGUUGGUAGAAUCUCUAAAAUAUCUUUUGUCUUGCAGCUGAAUCUUGUUUACUUUGAUAAAAUCAGUUACUGGAAUCAGGAGGUAUUGAUGUAAAGAUGCAUUGUUUAUGCUGACCGUUCCACAGAGCUUUUUAUAAUGCAGAGCAUUUUGGUUUUCUGUUUGGUUUCAGAUUGAAAUAGUGUCUAAGUUAUUUAGAAGAAUUAUGGGUAUUACUGAAAGGGUUUAGUCUACUGAAAUAUGCACAUUCAGAGUAAUAAAGGUGUACAUAUUUUACAGAAUCAAAACCUUGGAGUGGUUUUCCUUUAUGGUCUGAUUUUAUUUGCUACUGUUUGGCUCCAGUUGUGAGAUUUAAAACUACAUGUCGGUCUUGCUCUGAAGUUUGUCAGAAAUCUUAAUGCCUCUGCUUGUUUYUUCUGAACAUUUGUACAUAAAUAAACACGUCAUCAUUUCA